GACGUUGAUUUUGGCAAGAGCAUUUUGGUUAGAAGCUAAAUGGUUAUAUUUUUUGAAGUUGUGAAAAAUACAUACAAAUAUAAAGUAUAAUGCCUGAAAAUUAUUGCAAAAUGCACUUAAGAUUGUGAGCAAAGACAAGUUAUUAAAUUCGUUUAAAAGUUAACAGGUUAAAGACGAAAUCCUUUCACCUACUAUUCUGGACGAAAUUUGGAAAUAAUAAAUGACAAUAUAUUUUUGAGUGUUACUAAAAAUGAAUCCCUCCGAGCUGCGUAUGAUGUGGAUGAGUCACUAUAAUCCUGAACGCAUCACAGUGGAGGACGCACCCUCAUUCUUUGGUCAUCCAUCAGUGGGACUUUCUGUAAUGGACGAUUUAUCCUCACAUCAACCAACAAUGGAUUUGAAUCCAAUGAUGAGUAUUGUUGGGGGGGAUUUCAGUGGUCAGGCGGCAGCAGCAGCAGCGGCUGCAUUGGGCGUACAACCGACAGCUCUAAUUGCGGCCAAUUCCAACGAUAUUUACGGUCUAGCACAAGUAGGUGGUUUGCAUCAGCAAUUACUUCAACAAUCGGCCGCAGCUGUUUUUCAAAACUACACAGAAGUUAUAGACGAUGAUGAUGGCACUGGAAGUGGCGCAAUAGGUGUUGACAACAGCGUUUGUGGCACUGUCAGCGUAGACAAAUCAUUAGCAACACAAUUUGUUCAUAACGAUGAGCCACAAGCAAUCUAUGAUCAAUUGGAUGACGGUAGUUACGAUGGUGGUUUAGCGCCAAAACAGGAAAUUAUAAAUAUUGAUGAUUUCGUUAUGAUGACCGAUUCUAAUUCGUACGAUGGUACAGAAUUUAUGGCUGACGAGCGAGAGGUGGCAGAAGGAAGUAGUGGUGGCGUUGAUAUCUCCCAUGCACAUGGCAUGGAUGAGAAUGGUGUCCUUGUGCCUUUGGAUAGUGGACACAAAUUAAUAGGCGAUAGUGGCGAUGAGGUGAUGGUGCCCGCCACCACAACCGUAAUGCAGGCAACAGCAGCAACCUCAUCAAGAGGAUUUGGUGGAGGUGGAGGAACGGGUCACCAUCGCUCAUCGCAACGUAAGACUCGAAAAAUAGAACCAGUUAACAGGCCAGGACUGGUGCUGAAGACACCAAUAGCAUAUAAGGGAAACAUAGACCCAUCGGUCAUACCAAUUCAGAAAGACGGCAUGGCCGUCUGUGAGCGUUGUGGUGCAAUCGGUGUAAAGCACACUUUCUACACCAAAUCUCGACGUUUUUGCAGCAUGUCCUGCGCUCGUGGCGAACUUUAUUCUUUGGUAGUAAACAACACUAAAAUGGCAGGUGGUACGCAACAACAGCAACAGACGAUUUCCAAUUCCCCCGUGCAAGAUCAUAUAGAUGGUGCAGCUGGAAGUAACAAUGGUAAUAGCAACGAUAUACAACAACACGAUACACAACCUCAACAAUCUGAUAUUGAGUUGGCGUUACGUGUUGCUCAUAUUAAGAAUUCGAAUUAUCGUUUUCGCAUCACAGACCAAUCGAAAAUUACACAAAUCAACGGUUUUGGCGAACCUGUCAUGUCCGCCGAAUUGACAGGAAUGGAUGGCGCAAGUGCACUAACAGGUCUAAGUAGUGAGAAUGGAGCUUUGUGUGGUGUAAAUGCAGGUGGCUUAGUUGCUACGCCAAAGGCACUUCAAAUGUACCGUGAUGUUUUACCACAAGAAGACCUGCCACAAAUUCCAAAAUUUGAACGUUUACCAGUUUCCUGCCCACAAAUGGAAAAAAUCAUUAGUAUACGUCGUCGUAUGUACGAUCCGUCGCAUUCUUUCGAUUGGACGCCGCGUUUGUCGCAUCCGAAUUUCUUCGCUGCACCUGUUACUUGCUUUCCACAUGCACCCGGCUAUGAAGUUUGGGACAGCAUUGGCAUUGACAUGAAAGUUGAGGUGGAGAAUACAGAUUGUGAUAAUACGGAAAUAGUGCAGCCCGGCCAGACGCCACACUCGUUUUGGGUUGCGACGAUCUUAAAUAUUUGCGGAUACAAAGCUCUUAUGCGUUACGAAGGCUUUGAUGAGCCAACACAUGACUUCUGGGUAAAUCUAUGCAAUGCGGAAGUACACUCGGUUGGUUGGUGUGCGACACGCGGCAAACCUCUAAUACCGCCACGUACUAUCGAGAACAAAUACAAAGAUUGGAAAGAUUUCCUCGUGGAACGAUUGUCUGGCGCACGUACACUACCUUCCAGCUUUUACAACAAAAUUAAUGACAGCAUGCAGUCGCGCUUCCGACUGGGCUUGAAUUUAGAGUGUGUGGAUAAGGAUCGAAUCUCACAGGUUCGCUUGGCAACGGUGACAAAAAUUGUAGGCAAGCGUUUGUUUUUGCGGUACUUUGACUCUGAUGACGGUUUUUGGUGUCAUGAGGACUCGCCCAUCAUACAUCCUGUAGGUUGGGCGACUACCGUGGGUCACAAUUUAGCAGCACCGCAUGAUUAUUUAGAACGAAUGUUGGCUGGCCGUGAGGCAAUGAUUGAAGUACAUGAAGAUGAUGCAACGAUUGAGCUUUUCAAAAUGAAUUUCACGUUCGAAGAAUAUUACAUGGAUGGCAAAGGAAAUGGUUUUGUGGAAGGCAUGAAAUUGGAGGCAGUCGAUCCUCUCAAUCUAUCAUCGAUUUGUGCUGCAACCGUAAUGGCGGUCCUUAAAUUUGGCUACAUCAUGAUACGCAUCGAUUCUUAUCAACCAGAUGCAACAGGGUCAGAUUGGUUUUGCUAUCACGAAAAAUCGCCCAGCAUAUUCCCAGUUGGCUUCUGCGCUUCAAAUAGCAUCACCUUAACACCACCCAAUGGCUAUGAUGUCAAUACAUUUAGUUGGGAAAAAUAUUUGCAAGAAACGGGUAGCGUUGCUGCUGGCCAGCAUUUAUUCCACCGUAUUGUGCCAAAUCAUGGAUUUCGGGUCGGCAUGAGCCUCGAAUGUGCUGACCUAAUGGACCCGCGCUUGGUAUGUGUGGCGACUGUAUCACGCAUAGUUGGGCGUUUGCUUAAAAUACACUUUGAUGGUUGGACCGACGAGUAUGACCAAUGGUUGGAUUGCGAAUCACCUGAUGUUUAUCCAGUAGGUUGGUGUGUACUGGUAAAUCACAAACUCGAAGGUCCGCCCGUACCUGUGCAGGUUACAGCCAAAACGAACACCAAAGCGAAAAGUCCGAAAAAACGCAAGAAAAAAUCCACCGCUAAAGGCGUAGAAAAUUCAAAUACAGCCAAACCACGUACGAUUGCUUUAAAAACAAAUCCGCAUCUUCCGAAGUUGAGUAUUAAACUUGAACUUAAGCCAGAGCAUCACAAUGCCGCUUUCUACGAAGAUAAUAACGAGGAUGAUGACGAUGAUGGCGACUAUGAAGAGGACAGCACCAGUCAUCGCUCCGGUCAAUCCACACCACUAUCACAUAAUGAUGGCAGCCAGCUGGCUUUGACGGAAAAGAUCACCACAGCGCAACAAGCAUCCACGACUCAAGCGUCCGUGCAAAUGCGUAUCGGCAACCCAACUGUAAAGAAGUCGGUGUCACCAGCACCGCCGGUUGUGGGGCGCAAAGCUACCAGCUACAUUGGGAAUUCAUCCGUCUGCAAUAGCAAGUACAUUCCGCGGCUUAUCGAGUCCUCUUCGAAUGAAAAUAACAGCGGCAGCAGCGGCGGCAACAAUAACAGUCAAAAUGCGGACCCACAAGCAGACCUCAUACCCGACACGUGGAAUGUAUAUGACGUUUCGCAAUUCUUACGCGUCAAUGAUUGUACGGCGCACUGUGACACAUUUUUGCGUAAUAAAAUUGAUGGCAAACGUUUGCUGCAACUAUCUAAGGAUGAAAUAAUUACUUUGCUUGGCAUGAAAGUGGGUCCAGCGCUUAAAAUAUCCGAUUUGAUACAGCAGCUUAAAUGCAGAGUUAACCCUGGUAAAUCCAGAUUGCAUAAGGCAAACAAAACGUUUUUAUAGUGCCUUUUGAAGCGAUCGCAUCAAAGAGUAACAUCAAAACCACCUAAACCAACUACAUUUCGUCUUAAGCUCUCACACCUAGCAAUUCGUCACAAUAUUGUAUCGUAUCUAAUAUGAUUACUGUAGCUCUUAAGUAUACCAAAUAUGUAUAUUACGAGAUAACAUAGGCAUUGUACGAGGUAUGAGAGUGUCUCAUGUGCAUGCUGCACUUCAUAAGAGCAUGAUGUGCGUUGGGUUACAAUGAUCAUAGAUGAGUUUGCUGUCAAUUGGAACAUUUUAGAGUAAAUGAGGAAAAUUUUUGUUAAGUCAAAUCAAGCAGAAUUCGACACAAGGAUUCAGCAUCAACAAAGUAGAAAUUAAAAGAUACGGAAACCUGUAGGAAACUUAACAAUGAAAAUUUUAAAAAAUAUUAUUAGUUUUCUUUAAUGACGUAGAAUAGAUACUUAUUUGAUAUAAUUUUCACUUCAUACAUAUUUUUAAUAUCUAGUACACAAUAACUUUAUUUUAGUUAAAAAAACGCAAAGAAAAAAAACUACCUUAUAUAUACAUAAUUUUGUGUAUUUGUAUUUUUUUGCUGUCAAUAAGAAAACGAGGUGCACGAAAAAUAUAACACAUUCGUAGACUGAGAACAAUUAUUAAAUGAAAACAGUAAACAUAAUUUAUUA